AUGGCGAGGCUACUCUUUUCAGGCCAGCGCCUACGUCCCUCAUUCCUGCGCAGCUAUAUUCGCGCAAACCCAUCAUCAACACCAUCUGCUACAAGGGCAGCAAUCAACUACAGAUAUAACUCUAACAAUGCGGCACUACAGUCAGCUAGCUCAAGUCAGGGCGCCCUGACUGGCAUUAAAAUCAUUGACCUCUCACGGGUUCUGGCGGGCCCAUUCUGCACCCAGAUCCUCGCUGAUUAUGGUGCCGAGGUCACGAAGGUGGAGGCUGUUGGGAAAGGGGAUGAUACGCGGCACUGGAUAAUGGCUGGUGAGAAGGCCUCUUGGAAUGAGUCCAGCGGUCCUAUCUCCAACUACUUUGCAGCCGUAAACCGAAACAAGCGUUCCAUCACUGUCAACUUCAAAAAGGCCGAGGGCCGACAGCUUAUCCUCGAUUUGAUCAAGGAUGCUGACGUCGUGGUCGAGAACUUUAAGCCAGGCACUAUGGAGCGUCUGGGACUGGGUUAUGACGUACUCAAGGAGCUCAACCCACGCAUCAUCUAUGCAGGCUUAUCAGGCUAUGGCCGGACUGGCCCCUACCGAACCCGCGGUGGCUACGAUCCCAUCGCCGCCGCUGAGGCUGGUCUCCUCCAUGUUACAGGCGAGAAGAACGGUCCUCCUGUACGCGCUGGCAUUGGCCUGGUCGACAUGUCGACAGGACUCUUCCUGCACGGCGCCAUCCUCUCAGCCCUCAUCGCCCGCGCGCGAGACGGCACAGGCCAGCGAGUCGACGCCAGCCUGUUCGAGACGCAGCUCAGCCUUUUGACCAACGUCGGCCUCGCCUGGCUCAACUUGGGCAUCGAGGCCGAGCGCUGGGGCUGCCAGCACCCAAGCAUUGCGCCCUACGAUGCCUUUAAGACUAGGGAUCGCUACCUCGUAUGUGGUGCCACCAAUGACAACCAGUAUGCCGCGCUGUGCUGCCUCUUGGGCGUGGAGCACUUGGUCACCGAUCCUCGCUUUAUUACUAACCCCCUGCGCGUGCAACAUCGCGAGGAGCUUGCCGCUCUUCUGGGCCCCAUCUUCGCCUCCAAGACCAUCGACGAGUGGAUCGCGUUGUUUGAGCCAUCAGGCCUCCCCUUUGGCCCAAUCAAUAACAUGGAGGCCACCUUCGCCCAUCCGCAGACGGCCGCAAGGGACAUGGUUAUUGAUGUACCGAUGGAUGCCGCUUGCGCUGGCUCAAUCAAGGUUAUUGGGCCUGCUGUCAAGUUUGGCGAUAGCAAGACAGGCCUGCGGACAGGUCCACCUCGCCUAGGCCAGCAUACAGUUGAGAUCUUGGAGGAGAUAGGUAUGGACGCUGAGGCUAUUGCAAAGUAUAAAGAGGAUGGUAUUAUUUAG